CAUACCAACAUCGAACCGCCGAAUUUGGAACAGACCACCAUGGCGGACUCCGACAGCGAAGAGGAUUAUAUGAAGAUGAUCUUCGACGAUACGCCGAAGCAGCCUGCGCACGAAACCUCGCUCCAGCGCGCUGCGCGCAAGCGCAAAGAAGGUGAGGCCAGAGCUCGCCAGAAGACCAAGGCCGAACGCGAGGCAGACGCAGAGGCAGCGCGGGAAGCAGCUCUGGCUACCGCGCUCCCAGAGAACAACAAGGGCUUCAAGAUGAUGGCAAAGUUUGGUUUCAAACAGGGUGACUCUUUGGGCAAAGCCGAGGACGCGCGAAAGGUGCCCAUACAAGUGAAUGUAAAGGAGGACAGAAGCGGGAUUGGUCUCGAGUCCGAGAAGAAACGCAAGCUAAGAGAGGCGUGGAAUGAAGCAGCGCGGGCAGCCAAGCGGUCCAAGGAAGAGGAGGGCGACUACCUGGAAGACCGUAAGCAGCAACAGAGGGAGAAGAAGAUGCAGUGGGAUCUGGACAACGCUCAGAGGACCGCUGAGCGUCUGUCGGACAAGGAAGCAGAAGAAGCGGACGGGGCGUCUCUAGAAGGGAAGCCUCUGAAAGAUAUCAACGUGCUUUGGCGCAUCCGCGCACGACGACGAGUUGAAAAGGAACAUGAUAGGCGACAGCGAAGAGAGUUGGAGCACUGUCUUGCAUCUCGACUUCCGACGCUGGCGCAAGAGGACGAGGACAACGACUCCAAGGUAGCACAGGGUCAUGACGUGACACCUUUCUACACAUCACUUGAGAACGAUCUAGAAGAUGAAGACCCAGAGCUUGCAGAAUUUGAAGCUUUGCCGGUAGGCGAACGCUUGAUAAAAGUGCUUGCUUUUCUGCGAGAGAAGUACAAAUAUUGCCUGUACUGCGGAUACCAGUACCCCGAUGCAGCUAUGGAAGGCUGUCCAGGCAUCACGGAAGAGGACCACGACUGAUAGUCCCGGUCUUCUUCAUCUCAGGACAGAUAAAACGCAUCACUAAUACAACACCUCAUGCUAUGCAGCCGGAAUUGCACUUCCUCGAACUCAAGCAUGCAGCCUGAAUUACACGUAUGGUUCGAGAGAGCUCGCUCGGCUCCAUGUAACUGAUACUGCCAAUCCCACUAUAUGGUUUGAGGAAGUGCAUUGCACAGUGGGGCAGCGAGGUGUUUUCAUGACCAAAAUUCUAGACCUUGGCUGCGCACGCACAUUUUGCGCAAACAAUGGAUUGAACAGAUCAUCAUGGAUGGUAUAAAUCGCCCACGUCACACAAUCGUUGCGAAAACGGGGGAGGAGUCUCUACAAUUCAGGAUUGUGGUUGGGUAGCUUCGAAUUAAACAUAAG